CAUUAUAAGGAUCAUUAUAUAAGAACUCAGUUUGAUACGAGGACAUUUUGGGAGAGAAUUCUUUCAGAAAAACGGACGAGUAGAUUGGCAGGAAAGUAUCAUCUUCAUCUUCAAUGUUAUCAUACAUAGAGUGAUAAAUGUACUCUUUUUAUUUGAAUCAUUACUAUCGAGUGUAGACUUUCAAGAGCAACCUUUAGCGACGAUUGAAUGGCAACAUAAUUUAUAAUAAACGACUCUGUAGAUCAAUGCUUCUUGCAAAUGUAAUACAGAAUAGUGUGAAAUUACGAGGCUGAAAACUACUGCAAUAGAAAAGUACAAACGACCAUUAUGCUUUCGGUAAACUAGGAAUUGGUUUGUCAAAAUGUUUGUCUACCAUAGCAAGGAUUCUACAGCGGUUGUCAAUUAUGUUUCUCGAUAUUACGAGGAAAGCCGCAAUGGAAACCAGAAUGUCUUGAUGACAAAAGAUUUAAAUCGGCGACAAUUAGAGGAUAAUGGAUUCAUCCUCGUACGAGAUCUUCCUUACACCUUGGGACCAUCGCCCGAUCACGAGCACAGCUCGAACUCGAAAAGCUUUGAGCGUGAUCAUCGUCGCUUUCAAUGGCAUAGCGGACAGGCAACGUCGAACGCGCAGUCGUCGUCGUCCAGGAGUAAGCGCAAACGAGAAGGAAGACGUCUUUCCAUGAAUGGCAUUACCGACCAUAGCCUCAGAGUCGACAUCGGUCAUCCGCCAUCGUCUCAGGAUUCAAAGUCGAGAACGUUGUCGGCGUUAAGUGACGCAGUAAGCAAGCAUCGGGCAACCGCAUCUGUCUUCGACCGAUCCGUUGACGACAAGCAUGAUCCGUACGAAGACGGUCGAACUCAAUUUCACCCAAACGAUCUUGGCUUCCAUAUCGACGUUGACAUGUACCCCGUGGUAUAUGAUGUCGUCCGCAAUGAUAUGAACGGGGACGUGAUGCCGCAUGAUAGUUACGCAUUGGGCAUGAAUAAUGGAAUAACCAACUCUGCUUACUAUCCCACGGGAGAUGAAUUUAAAACAACUCUGGAUCAAAAUGUGGAAGAAAAAGUGGAACCAGAAGCAGCACUGAAUUCGGGAUUUUGGUUUUGGUACUCGAAGUUCAUCGUUCGCUUUCCAAUUCUAUUCUGCGUGGCCAUUCUGCUGCUGACAGUCGCUGCUGGUGCUGUCGCUUUUACGCUUUACGACAUUCCACAAUUUGACGAUCCUGAAAAAGGCUUCGAGUCACGGCACACCCAGAUUCGAGAUCGUCUCACGGGUCUUGAGCUCUUCAACCGAAUCACUGAUAACGAGAACUUCCAUACCAUAUACCAUGAUACGUUGGCAAAGAGGAGUGUGCUUGGUAAUAGGACAUCGACUCUGACGACGAUGACGAAUGCGACAACAUCGCCUGGGGAAGAUGGAGAUAGGACAACUCCAGAGAUGACUUUCAUUGACUAUGUGACUGAUGAAGAGCAAGUACAGUCUUGUGUUGAGCCAGGUGAACAUUGGAUAAACUUAAGAAUCGUAUUCUCAGUCGUGAACGCACGGACAAACCUCUUUUCCGUCGAUGCCUUCCAGUCAAUGUGUCGGCUGUACGAUAAGCACGUCCGCACCAACGACACUGGCCUCCCCACCAACUGCCACCCUGCAUCCCUGGGACAGUACGCGGCCCUUCUCCAGAACAAACCCUCUUGCUUCGACACCACCGAAGACGAUGUCACACAUUUGGUGAAUCUCCUCACCGAAUGCGCCCCACAUUACGUAGAAGGAAGUCUCUUGUCCAACUGCGCCUCUUCCUCGUGCCCGACGGUGCCGCGAAAGUGCAAGGACCGAAACGCGGCGUACAACAUCUUCCACUACCUGCUGCCGUCAGAGUCCGCAUCCAAGAUCGCUAGUGGCGAUUUAGAGAUUUCCUUUACGUUAAUGAUUUCCCCUAUAUCUGGGUUCAGCGACACAACCGGUCAGUUGUACACCGAUAGAUUACAGGGAAGAAAGGAUCUCCACGACGACUUCAUGAAGAUCAGCGCCAUCGGUGGUCAGUUUAAGUUCGAUCUGUUUUCCUCGUUUCUGAUCUCAGACAUAGUGCUAGUCGGUAUAGCAGUUGGUGUGAUUAUGUUCAUCAUCUGGCUCUACACCGGAUCACUGUUCAUUACCCUCUUAACCAUCCUUGACAUGGCCAUGGCUUUGGUGAUGUCCUAUUUCGUCUACCUAGUGAUUAUCAGGCUACCAUUCUUUCCGUUCGUCAAUAUUUUGGCUGUCAUACUUGUGUUGGGCAUCGGUGCCGACGACACCUUUGUCUACUUGGAUCUCUGGCGGAAAUUUGGAGAGAAGUACAGUGACAGGGAAGAGAACAUGGUCAGAAUCCUUCAGGAGACCUUGCAUCAUGCAGCCAUCACAAUGUUUGUCACAAGCUUCACGACGUCCUCAGCGCUCUUCUUUAGUAUCACCAGCUCAAUCACAGCCAUCAAGUGCUUUGCCGUUUAUUCCGGAUGCGCCAUUCUCUUCAAUUUCUUGUUUACUCUAACAUGGCUCCCUGCUAUUGUCAUUAUUGAAGAAAGAUACCUAAGUUUUAAGACAUGUCGCAACCGCAAGGUAUUGAAGUGUUCACGUCUUGGAGUAGUUGCACAGGCUCUAAAAACUGUGUCUCGUCACUUCUUUGAAAAGGUUCUUCCCGAGAUUGUGUUCAAACUCCGUUAUGUUUGGCUGAUCGCGUUUACAUUGCUCGGCAUAGGGGGCGGUUGUGCCAUAUUCGUAUACCCGACGCUGCAGCUCCCUACGCAAUCAGAGUUCCAGAUCUUUGUAAAAUCGGAUUUCCUCGAGCAAUACGACCAGGUAUUCGUAAACUACUUUGACUUUGAGCAGCUAGUGCAAAGCAAGAUGCCGAUUAAGUUUGUAUGGGGGCUUGAAUCGAAAGACAACGGAAAUUCGUGGGAUCCAGAUGAUAGAGGUAGCCUCGUAUUGGACAACAAGUUUGAUAUCUCAGCUCCCGAGUCCCAAGAGUGGCUACUGAACUUCUGCUCCGAUGUUAAAAAUCAGUCAUUCUACUCAUCACAAAGCAACAUCCAAGAUUUCUGCUUCAUCGAUGUUUUCAAGAAACUCAUGAUGGAAUCUCCAUGUGACAGUCCCGUCUAUUUCCGUGAUGUUUCCCCCUGCUGCGAGAACUACGACUUCCCCUACGAUCCAGAACUCUUCGAGCAAUGCGCUUCCAUGUUUGUGUUACUGGGAGGUUUAGAGCACUUGACUCGAUUUGGCGAAGGACAGAAGCUAACCGGUCUCUUGCUCUCAUUCACAAGUAGUACAAGGUAUUCACUGAACUAUGAGAGCAUCAAUGAAUUCUGGAGCGAGAUAAACCAAUGGAGUCGGCAGGAGAUGGACAAAGCUCCAGAAUCUAUUUCCCACGGGUGGUUCGUAAGCUUCAGUGACAACCAGCUGUAUUUCUUUGAUCUUCAGCAGAGUCUUGUCACAGGGUUCCCCCUUUCCAUCGGCUUGUCUCUUGGAGUAGCAGCCUUGGUGCUUCUCCUCACUACAUGGAAUUUCCUCAUCACACUCUUUGCCAUUCUAUCCAUAUCAGGAACGGUAUUUGUAACUGUAGGUUCUCUUGUUUUCAUCGGAUGGGAGAUGAAUAUCCUAGAAUCCACCAUCAUGUCCUUAGCUGUCGGUCUGUCCGUCGACUUCACCAUCCAUUACGGUGUUGCCUACAGGAUAGCACCAACUGGUGACCGCGUCUCUAAAGCAGUGCAUGCAAUGAAACAGUUGACGGCCGCCAUUUCCACUGCUGCACUGUCCACUCUCAUGGCAGGUGUCUGCAUGCUUCCGGCUACUGUUCUCUCCUACCAACAGAUCGGUGUCUUCCUCGCGCUAAUCAUGGGCGUGAGCUGGGCGUACGGGACGUUCUUCUUUAUGUCCCUUUGCAUGGUCUUUGGCCCUGAAAAGAACUGUUCUGGAGUUCAUCCUCAAGGCAGCAGUUGUUGCUGUUGCCGCAAGACUAAUCCAGAUAAAAAUAUCGAUGAAAAACGGAGAUAUGCUUCAGAUUUUCACAGUGUAUAUGCACAUUAAUUUUGCCAUAAUUUACAUCUGCGCAUUUUUAAUAAUUUUUUUAAUGAAAAUUGUGAUUGUUAGAUAUAUUUAAUCGUCACCCUAAAACGAUCUCGUACACAUUAUAUUUGUUAAGUCAUACAUCCAUAUUGAUAAUGAAUAUUUAUAGACAUUAUGCAUAUGAUAAUCCACGUUAUGCCAAACUGUAGGUGAUAUUUGAUGUGAUUUAUAUAAAAAAUCUUGUCAUAUCUGGUAAAACCAUAAUAUUCUAUGCUAUGUUUUCAUGCAUGAUGUACACAGAUUUUAUAAAGAUAUUAUAUAUUUUAAUAACUAAUUCUGAAAGAAUUUAUGGAUUCAGAGAGCUUAAUCUAGAAUAAUUAUUAUGUACAUGUAUUAUUAAACAUGUAAUGUUGUCAGCGGAAAGAUGGUAAUAUAUUUUGCGCUUAAUGAUAUUUUUUUUCUUCAUAGGCUUUUAUUCUCUUCUCUCAUCAAGACAAUUUUAUAUAAUUUAUAACAUUUUAUACAAAAUUACAGAUAAUCUUCACAGAGGCCUAAAUAAAUUUGCAAGUGAACUUCAACAUUUUCAUACAAUGUGACAAAAAAGAAAUAUGAUUAAGAAGAAAAAGAAUUUCAAAAAAAAAGAAAGAAGAUAAAAAGAACACCUACUGCCCCCGCCCCACACAACACCCAAACACACGAUAACAAAGUACGAUAUGUUAUCGUCUCUUCCACAGUAGGCGUACUUCAAUUCAUCUGCGAUUUACAUCAUAGUUCAUAAUGAAUCGACGUAUUCGUUAGUGAUUUUGAAAACGGUUCUGUCAUAUUUUGCUGUCCAAAGUGGUUCUUCACUAAGCUGCAAAGACGUGUCUUCUUCUUCUUCUUCUUCUUUUUCUUCUUCUUCUUUUCUUGUGUUUCACUUAUCGAUGGUAAUCUGGUGUCCUAUCAUGCCUAUUCUUAGAAUAUAAACAGUGAUAUAAUAAGACAUCAAACGAUGACUCAUCAGGGUCACACCCACCGCCUCUCUAGCCGACAAAGCUUGAACUCAGUCAAUACAUUAAAUACUGCGGUAGUAGUCAAAUAUACAUAUUAUCAAAGCUCUUGCAACUUUUAUUGACUUUCAUGUUGCGUAUUCAUUGUCACCUUAGUCUCGUGAUUUAAAGAGUAAAUUUGAGUUCCAUGCUCUGUCUUACAAAGAGUUGAUAUUAAUCGUAACUUGUUUGCGAUUGACACCAAUCGCAACUAUGUACAUAAGAGAUAGGAGACUGCAGACUUGCGAUUGAUUAGAGGACUUGUGAUUGAUUGGGAUCAAUCGCAACUCUUUGUAAAAUAGGGCCCUAGUCAUGUGGUUAUAUUGUGGAAGACAUUAGAAGCAAUUUGGAAUGGUUCAUUAUGAAGUACCUAAAAUAGCUAGGUGUAUAUCGUGAUGUUUUGGAAUCGUCAAAAUGAUAAUUUCGUACAUUUUCUGUAUAUAGACAUAUGAAAUAUUGUAUCAAACCAUAUUAUGUCCAUGAAAAUGUAUGACGAAAAAAAAGAUGCAGAAACCAAUAAAUCAAAUCAACACUCUUAUAUACAUUGGUAUAGAUAUGAAAUCCUAUUCAAUGCUAUUCUCCUUUAAAGUGACUCGGUAACAUUGUUGAAGGGUGAUGAGCAAACUGCGUAAUUUUUGUAUGAAAUGUU